UCUCUACCAAAAACAAGAUGGCGGAAGAUGAGCCACAUCGUGGAGUUUUAAAACUUUUACAAGCUGUUGUUCGUUGAAGCACGUUCUGAAAAUGAAGUUGGUUGCGAAAAAUUUUGAAAAGGACAGUUCUGGGUAAGUGAUAAAUGACUUUUUUGCAACACAAGGUAAUAACUUGGUCAAUAUUUGCCCAAUUAAUUUGAAUUUUUGGCACAAAAAUUGUCUUGGGUAGAUCUGCAUUUUAAAGGCAUAAAAUUGCACCUCCCCCAUAUUUGAGACUUGAUUGACCACCCCUAGAACUUUUGAAACUUUUUUUCUGAUACAGCUGUGACAUACAACAUAACUGAAAUGAACCACUUAACUGAGAGCUGAAAAAUAAGAUAUAGUUUAGGGGUACAUACCUACUAUAAACGGAGAUAAACAACAUUUUUAAUCUUUUUCUUUUUGACGAUCAGACUAAUUUCUCUUAAAACUGUAUCUUUCUUCUUCUUUGUUUAAGAGUUUAUGGAAUUUACAUAUCAACACCUUUCAAAUGGUGUAUUAUACAUAAAUAUCCUGUUUAUAUUUUUUAAUUUACGAAAAAUGACCAUUUGCCUUGGGGAGUAAAAUUAAAGAAAAAAUGCACAAACACUGCACUAUAUCUGUCUUAAAAGAGACGACCUUAAAUGUCUUAAUUACAGAAAAUUAGAACUGAUUUCCUGAUUCAAUCAGUGUUCUCUCAAGAACAGUCAAAAGUUUAACUGAAGCUCUCGUAAGCGACCACCCCCCAUAAGUGACCGCCUAGGCUUGACAUUUUGGAUGGUCGCUUACGGGAGGUUUGACUGUAUUUUAAAAAAAAUGGAACAAAUGGAACAACUCUCCAAGUUGCGACCAUUUUAGUCGCCAUGGCACCUAAAAUUUUGAAGCUGGCAACUUGAUUUGUAAAAAAGUCUCUAAAUUAAAAGAAUUGGUCACCAAAGGGCGACCAAGAAAAAACUUUAACUUGGAGGGUUGUGGAAGGACUGACUGAAUACUUUAUGGACUGGCCUAACGGAUGGAUGGAUGGACUGGAUACUUAACUAUGGACUAGCCUCACAGAUAGACAGACAGACUAGAUACUUUAUGAUCUGGUUCACAGAUGGACGGACAGAUGGACCGUUCCUUUUAAAUAUUUCUCGCUAUCUGAGUAAGAAGAAGAAGAACUCAAAGUGGGAGACAAUUGCAGGACAUCAACUGACAUUAAAUGUGAGAGAUAAAGGAAAAAAUAUCACCUGUACCUCCAAGUACUAAUUUACUUCAAGUUGUAAUGUUAAAUUUUCAAUUUUUCUAGGUCUGUGGUACUUGUGCCGGAAGAGGCUGAAGAUAUGUGGCAUGCUUAUAACCUGAUAGCUGUGGGGGAUCGGCUUAAAUCAACAACUAUUAGGUACAAUCAUGUGGUAGCUUGAUCGUCUUUUUGUAUUAGGGUAAACAAUGAAGAAUUAAUCCUCAUUGUACUUAUGAUAUUAUCAUUAUUUGUAUGUGGUUAACUGAAAAAGGAUCACAUGAUUAAAUAUGAAAGUGUCAACAACAGCUACUGAGGUAAAUGGAGGUUCAAAUGGUGGCAGCUGGGUGUUGACUUCCCCUACCUCAUUUCAGACCUGAAUUAAUGGGCAAAUAAUAAAAAGCAUACUCAAUUCAAGGCCCUGGUUCCAGGAAGAAACUUAGCCUGUGUACAGACCCCUCUUCCCUCAGAAAAAAUGGGAGAAGGGGCAUCUGUAAUUCACCAUCACUAGUCAUUUAUGGGAAUAAUUUUGCAUAAAUCAGAAAAAUAGUUUCCACCAACCACAAUUUCUGUGGCUCAAGUUUCAUGUCAUACCAGCUCUCAAAAUGCCGGUGCAUGCGACCUAUUUCCAUCAAGCAGUUGAGAGAGUGAGACAUUUUUAAAAUCGCUUUACUCUAUACCGGGCAAGAAAAAUGUUCUGACAAGCCCUUAUUGAAGGAAAAGAUCCAUGAUCAUAUGCAAGACUUCUUUAACCUGUAAUGUAUAACUUAUCUAGGGGAGGACCUCCAAGGGAUCUCAAGGACCGGAUAGAGUAGUGUUAGGUAGGGUGUGUAAGAAAUUACGGGAUAAAAUGUUUGCUUAUAUUUAUUUUCUGUCAGACGUGUCCAAACUGAGUCUGCUACAGGAUCAGUGAGUAGCAACAAGGUUAGAACAACGUUGGCCAUAGCAGUGGAGGGCAUUGAGUUUGAUACGCAGGCGUGCAUGUUAAGGAUCAAAGGACGUAAUGUAGAGGAAAACCAGUAUGUCAAGGUAAAGAAAAUAAAAUUAUCUAAUGAAUCAGAGACAUCUAGCAGGUUUAUCGAAGAGAUAUUGAAACUACAUGCCACCUAAUAUUCCAAAAAUAUGACCAUCAUUAUCAAGGCAUUGGAACUCAAUGGAAAAUUCUGAUGAUGGUUUAAAAUUUCUCACUGUUGCUACUUCCACAAUAAUACUGAUGAUAAUUUUGUGUUUUCUUUAUCUUAGAAUUUGAUUUAGUCACUGUAAUUUAAUCCCUUACAAAUUACAUUUCCAAUUAGAUUGCUAAUGCUGUGAGCGGUUUUUACAUGUUUUAAUGGGCACCACUUGUUUUCGGCUGGUUAGUGUACACUUUGGUUGUGGAGAUCACAAUUAGUUGUUUUUUCAGUAAGUAAAAUUAUUGAUAUUUGCAAUCACACACCUGAUAACCCGAUCAAACUUCUUCCUUUGUUCAAUAGAUGGGUGCCUAUCAUACCAUAGACUUGGAAUUAAACAGAAAAUUCACACUUCUCAAAGAAUACUGGGAUUUGAUAGCCCUUGAAAGAGUAGGUGAGUAUUCUACCACAAAAGUUGCCAUAAAACUCCUGCUGCAAGUGCUGCAACUCUUCCUUGAAUACAGACUGUCUAACCAUCCCUAUAUUGUCAGUUUUCUGCUGAUUUUGCUCGAAAAUCCCUAAUCCCAACCAAUAUGCGAUCGGGCUAGGAAAAUUCUGGAUUAUGAGAUUUGCUCUGAUAUUUUCCAAUAAAUUCCUUUGACACUUAUACUGGAACACCUAACAGAAUCUACUUAACUGAAACUGAUAUCCAGAAAUCUUUUAAAAUCUGCAAGAAAUAUAAAUAUAAUCGAGUACUUGUACAUGAAACCACACAAACAUAAAUUAGAUUGAACAUGACAAUUGAUUUAACAAACAUUUUAGACAUUCUAAUCCGGUUCAGAAUUUCCUAUACCUCAUAGCCCUAAUCAUUCUUUACAGACAAAAGACAAUUUUGUUUCAACUUCAGAAUGAACUUUAUCGUCAGCAAACUUUUUCAUGCCUAAGCAGGGAAUGUAUUUUAGAAUUUUUUUUGUCCUAAACAGGGACAGGGUUUCAAACCCUCGGCAGCUUACCUAUACCCAAAUAUUGGUCAAGUUACCCCCCACGUUACACUGUAGGAUUUAAGCAGUUUAGAUUUAGCCUAGAGACAACUUUAUUGGAAAUGAAUUUUAGUGUUUAGCAUAGAAAAUUGAUGAGCAUGUUUUUUCAGUCUCACAACUGAAGGUCAAAGCUUAUUUUGUUCUUCAGUUCCCUUGAUUCUUUUUUUUUUAUUAUUGCUCUGGUGAAUGAAUAUGUUGUGUUUCAGAGAUGGCAUGUGAUCCAACACAGCAUGCUGAUCUGGGAGCCAUCUUGCUUCAUGAAGGUACCGAUGAUUUUUAUUUCAAGCUGUUUGGUGGUACAAAAUACGCCUACCCACCCCAUUAGUGGAUGGUUGAUAACAAUUUCAAGGGGGAGGAGGAGAUCUAAGGCCAAAAUUUUUAAAGAAAAGUAUGAAGUUAAAGUAGAAUUUCUGGGGUGGGGUGGGGAGCCAAACUAAUAAUAUCAUCUACUGGGGGUAUGAAUAUUUUCUGGAUGAUUGUAUUAUUGUGAGAGGUUUAACCCAGGAGUCAUAUAUUACAUAACUAGGUUGAGUAUGAUUGUCCGAGUGGAAGUAGUCCUGAAUAGUACUGUUGUUUUUGACAGUGACAGACUGGUAAAUUUGUGUACUAAAUGAACAGUGUCAUUAAGAAUUCUCUUAACUAUAACCUCCUUUUUCAGCUAAUUUCCAUUGUUGUUGUUGUUAAGGUUUAGGUCACAUUAUGUUGGUUACCUCAAGCAUGACAAUAGUACGAGCCAAGAUUGAUAUGAACAUACCAAGAAAAAGAAAAGGCUUUUGCAGCCAACAUGACAAGGUCAGUUGAAUUUUACUUUGUCUUUAAUCUCGAUGGUAAUCUGAAAUGUCUAUAAUGCAGCAGCAUCACACCAAGUACUGUGGACCCAUAACAUUUCCUUUCCCUUCAUGAAAGAUACACCACAACACCAGGGUAUAUUUGCCCUCUCUUUCUGAACAGCAGUCUGUUCCUUUAUGUCCCCUAUGAUAUGAUAAGGAGGCCAAGGAUAGAGGAGACCAGGCCAGUGGCUUUACAUCACAGGGUUUUCAUUAAGAAUUCUAGUAGCAGCAGAAAUGUGUAACGUUACAGGAGAAUAUUUUAAAAGAGGCUCGGUGUCUGAAUAAAAAAUAGUCAUAGGCUUUUGAAAAUUAGCCAUAGAAUUCUGCGUAGUAAACAGAUCUCUAAUGCCUAAUGAAUACCCUGGGUCACUGUGUAAUGACAUCAUAAGCUGAACUGAUACAUGAUCUAAUUCACAGUCAUGAUCUAGUUAGAUUUUUGAAAUCCCUGUUUUGUGGUCCAGCCAGUGUUUUGAAACCUCAGGUGACCCAACAGCAGACUAGCCUCCCACGACAUUCUAGUGUUCCUGCCCCACGAACAUUGGGGAGGAUAUUUGUGUUAUGAGCUAAAAGGAUGUCUGGAGACUAACAGCAGACCUGCACUCUUUCAACUGAACUGAAAGGGUGGCUCACUCAUUUGUCAAGGUUAGGCUCAGCAGUGGCCGGUGUGUAAAGAAAACGUUUUCCACUUAUUUCAUUUCACUCAGAGGAAAAUUACACUUAACCAAUGUUUGGCUUUGCCCUGACGUGUUGCAAACUGAAAAAGGGAAAAAUAUAGCUUUCCUUCCCCCACCCCCUCAUUGCAAGUUUUGCCUCAGUUUCUGCCACCUGUAGAUAACAACAAACACCCCAACUUUGAAUGGAGGGGAGGGGUGUGGAUUGUUUUGUUCUCUGAAGGAACCCCCAUCUGUUGCCAGUUGUAGCAAUUGACAUGAGUUUCUGCAAUUUUUUUUUUUUUACAUAAUUAUGUGUAUUGAGUAGACACCUCCAAUUUUAAAAGUGGACACCAGUGACCAAGGGUCCUAUGGUUUCUUUACAAUGAAUACUCGUUUCCCUAAAAGUUCUAAAGUGUAAUUUCUUUUGCAGGGUUUACUCAGGUUUUAUGAUGCUAUAAUACAAGGUGUUCUCAGACAUAUAAACUUUGAUGGUAAGUUGAGUCUGUAAUAUGCAGAUAGUAUAUUUAAAUUUUUGCUCACUUCUGUUGACAUGGUAAAUCUUACUGCCAAAAGAAACAAAAUUCUUUACUCUUUUUCCCUUCAUGUUAUUUCUUAAGCUUCAUGAAAUGAUUUCCCUUUGUUUUUCUUUAUUACUUUGUCCCUCCCUUGGCAAAGCUAAUGGAAAGAAAUAAUAAAAAAAUACAUAAAACUGCAUGUCACAUUCCCAUGAUGAAUAAUCAAGGUGUUUGAAAGAAACAGUUUUCUAGAGAAACAUCACAUCAUGUUCUGCAAUGGAAAACCAGAGAUCAGGGUAAAGAGGUCUGUUCAUCUUGACAGUGAAUCUGGGUCCGUUUGAUUUCUCUAAAUGGAAAGACCUGUUCUUUUUCCCGGAUGGAAUGUUGUUUCUUGUUUUAAAACUGUCAAAACAAAUUACCUCAGAUUGUACAAAAAUGUGAUUAUCAAGGGCACAAGAUUAACAUUAAUGUUAGUGUGGAGGAAAAUUUUUGUUCCUUAUUCAGUUCCUGGAGUUUUUCUUUGCAGUUAUAAAGUGUGUUCUUGUUGCAAGUCCUGGCUUUGUUAAGGUUUGUAUUUAAUUUGUUGCUAAAAUAAUAUUGCUCAUUUUCAACAUUUAGCUGGUAAACUGCCAUGGUCAAGACGUCUUGGAACACUUGAGGAAAAAAGGUGCGAAGAUGCACUUUGCUAAAUUAACUAGUAUUCUUUGUCUUAUGAAAGCAGGGGAAUGUUUUUUAUUAACCCUUCAGGUAAGGGCCUAUUCCUGCUGUCCCCUGCUCCCCCAAGUAAUGUUGUUUGUGUUGAAAAAUCUUGACUUGAAUGCAUAACAUCAACACUGCAUCAGUGGGAGGGGGUAGGGAAAUUGCAUCAUCUUGACAAGCUAUUGCUUUAGUGUCUCGAGAGUUUUGACCAGUGUGGUACGGCUAAGUGCUGAUUUCAGCUUCACUCGUGAAUUGUAAUGUGAUCCAAAGUAUUUUGAUGUAUCUGUCCUGCAACCAUACAUGUAGUAGGACAGAACUUUUGGAGCUUCAAAUAAUUUAUUUUGUUAGUUCAUUGCAUAAAAUGUCAGUGUGUAUUUUAUUGCAGUGAGAAAUUUUUUUCAUGUAGUUCAAGAACAAGUUGUUCUUUUUUUCCUACAAUUUUCUAUAAAAGCCUGAAGAUACUUUUUCCAGACACAUCUCACACUCCACACCCACCUUUCCCUUACCUUUGCUCACCUGAAAAACAUAAUCCCUGUUAUAAGUAACCAUGGCAACUCAUAUACUCUGUUUACAACUAACCUUCUGUGGAGCAUUUUCACUCAUCUGUGGAGCAUUUUCCUUCAUGUGGCCAGGAUCUAUGCAAAUUUAUUGGAACAAAAGAAAACGUUUAAAUAAGAAAAGAGUUCAACCCCCACAGGAUUGUCUUGGUACACCAACAUGGCCACCGUUUCAUUGCUUUGGAACACCAAUAUGGCCACCAUGAUGUCAUGUGAAAACACUCUAUAAAUGCACUGGCCCAGGUGUUUAACCACAACUUUCUUUUGACCAUUCCAGGAACAGUUUUGUGAUUACAUGUUUCAACAAGCAAUAAAAAAUGAGUGGAAGGCAAUCACUGAGAAUAAAUCUAAGUUUAUUUUGGUAAGUCAGAAAGCAUAAAAAUAAAGGUAAAAAUAUUGUCAUUAGGUUCUUUGUCUGAUUGUGUAUUUAUAGAUAUUUCUCAGUUUCUUGCCUUUUAUCAUAGUUGUAUGGGUAUUUGCGAGGCGAGUGCUACAAAUUUUAUAUACUUUUAUUGACUGUAUUAGUUAUUUGGUUAUUGUAUCUAACUCAACUUAUAGUUAAUUUAUGACAAUGUAAUCGUAGCCAACAGUUACCAGCACUGUACAAAUGAUUUAUUGUCGAGAUCAAGCAAAACUAACUACGAGAGAACGACUGGAGAACUGACAAUUUGACUAACAAUAGACGGAUCGAAACGCACCAAUUACUGAUUACGAGUCUUUAUAGCCAAUAACAUCACGGCUUAACUGACAGACAACCAAUAACAUCGCGACGUAAUUGACUAGUCAGAUCAAUAACCAGAGUAUACCAUCAACUGACGUGAUACAACUUACUUUGACUCUGAAGAUUACUACUGCACAGAUUGUCAAAAUGUCAGUCACUGUGAAAGAGUCAUUUCAAAAGUAGGUUGAUUUUGAUCGUCGCGGUGAACGUAGUCCUGAAUAGGACUGUUGUUGUUGACAGUGACUGACGUUUCGACAACCUGUGCGGCAGUCAUCUUCAGAGUCAAAGUGAGUUGUGUCACGUCAGUGACUGUCAACAACAACAGUCCUGUUCAGGACUACGUUCACCCGGAUGAUCAAACUCAACCUACUUCUGUAAUAACUAUUACUAUAAUAAAAUGGCGGUUGUGUUUUAUUUCAAUCUAGGUCCAUUCUUCUUCAGGUCAUAAACAUACCCUUAAAGGUGCGCAAUAUGUACUUAAUGAUUAGAAAAUUCUUUUCAAAUUGUCAUUAAAUAUCUGGCAUGUUUCCUUGUAGACUUGUAAGGGUUGUACUUUGAGUUGUUGCCCACAGCAGCACUUUUCAAUGCAUAACUUGAAAGCUGUGAAAAAACAGGGACCUUGUUUCUCUGGGAGGAUAGCCUGCACAAGUGGUGCAAAUUUAUUCAUGUGUGACUGCUUCAUUCCAUGGGCACUUUAGCUUGCUGUAAAGUCACAAGAAGAAUGGGGAUGAAUCAGUUGGAGAUCCCCUGGGAUUUUCUCUCAUCUAGCCACACGUAGCCUAAAAACACGUAAAAGCACCACUAGACUACUGUGAUAGCAAAUAAAGAGGUCUAUUGCAUAUGUUCAUACACAGAAGAGGACCCAAAGUCUUUAAGUACCACCGUCUGCAGCUGUACAAUGUAAAUAUGACGCAGCCUGUCUGAACUCAUUGAUCUUCUAAGGCAACAUGAAAGUAAUGUUCACCAACUCUCACAACCAACCAGAACCCUCACAACUAGCAUAAACAUUUUUUUAUUCAUUUACAGAAGUUCUUGCUGAUCCUGCUGUUACUGCCAGGUUAGCAGACACAAAGGUAAAUAGUAGGGACAGGAAAUUGUUUUCUGUCUGCAGGUCCAAUGAAUUCAUAAGCAAUGGCCUGAGUUAGACUUAAGCUUUCGAUUCCAUCAUGGAUGUGUAUGUCAAUAAAUUUUCUAUCCGGGGAGAGGAUUAAGUAACUCUUUCUUCGCUAAUAAUUCCUAGAUAGUUUUUGUGUAGUUUUCCCUUCCCUUUUCUAUUCUUCAACUCAUGAAAUUGACACCCUUUUAUAUACUGCCAGCGUGAAAAAAACAUACAGUCAAACCCCGUUAUUAUGGACACUGAGGGGGCCAUAAGUAAUGUCCGUAUAAAUGGAGUGUCCAUAUUAAGAGAGUUCAGUUGAGAGAAAUUGUGAGGACUUGCUUUCUUCAGGGACAAGGAAAAUGUCUGUAACAACAAGGUUUCCGUAAUGAGUGGGUUUCCAUAAAGCGGGGUUCGACUGUACCCCUUUCAGGUGGAGCAUUCCCUGCUAGUCUCUUAUAUAUAAGCAGGCUAGAUACAAGGGUCAGAAAACGAAUAGCCUUUUUUAUUUAAUGUGCCAUAGGCAGCAGGUGAAGUCAAGGCGUUGGACACUUUCUUUACGAUGCUGCAAACAGAGCCAGAUAGAGCAUAUUAUGGGUAUGUACAUUAUUUCUUUCUUGGAUAACAUGCUACUUGAUACUUGCCUUUUGACAGCUGUAGAUAGAGACCCUGUUUAUUGGAAGCUUGUCCUAACCAACAACAGUGAAGGCUGUGAUUAUGCAGUGUACAUUACAGGCUGGUGUUAUUUAGCAAGUAGAACAUGAAGCAAGCGUUCAACGUGCCACAUCCCGGUUCAUUGUUUACGAUUCACGCUUGGGAAGCAAGGGUGGCACAGUGGUGAGAGCACUCGUCUCCUACCCAGGUUCUAUCUAGGGUAUUUGAGGGGUAGAAGCUCCCCCCCCCCAAAAAAGAUAUUGUUAUCAUUACUAGUAUAUUUAUCAAUUAUUCCUCGAGCCCAUUGACUCCGAGCCCAAAUGGGCUCGGAGUCACUAGAAAGAAUAAGAUUCACGUUUACGGCAUACGGCAAACGGCAAACGUUAGUUGAGAAUUUCUCAGAAUAGAAAAUAAGCAGAUAAAAACAGUCCAGAGCGAUUCUUAUGGAUAAAGCUUGCAUAAAACUACUUAUUUUUGUGUAGAAGCAAUAGACAGUAAACGGAAAAUAAGGGGAAAACUUGGUCACGUGGUACAAAUUCACGUUUGCCGUUUGGCGUAAACGUGAAUCUUAAUCUCUCUAAUAGCCCAUGAAGCCGAAGGCCAAAUUAAUGAGCUAUUGACUCAGAGGCCAUUCGGGCUCAAGGAAUUGUUUUAGUAAAAUCCAACUAGUUGGUCAAAAAUAUGGAGAAUAAUAGCUAGUUAAAGCUAGGCUUUAAUCCUUUUCUGCCGCCAAAAAGCGCGCGCUUUUCCCUACUAGUAGGUUAUAACAUAUAGCCGAGUAGUAGCUCAACCAAUCAGAACACAGCAUUGAUAAUAGACCACUAGUUGGAUUUUACUAAAAAUAACUAUUCCCCCUGUUCCCCAUUUCCUCUGUUCCCCUUGUUCCCUUGUUCCCCUGUUCCCCCUAUUCCCCUGUUUUCCCUGUUACCCCUUUCCCUCUGUUCCCCUGUUUCCCUUGUUCCCCUGUUCCCUCUGUUCCUCUGUUUUCCCUGUUCCCCUGUUCUCCCUGUUCCCCUUGUUCCCCUGUUCCCCUUGAUCCCCAUUAACCCUAACCCCCUGUUGUCCUUGUUCCCCUUUUUCCCCUUUUUUUCCUGUUCCCCUUGUUCCUUGGUGCACCUGUUCCUCCUUUACUCCUUGUUCCCCUAUUCCCCCUGUUCCCCAUCUUCUGUUCUCCCUGUUACCCCUUUUCCUCUGUUCCCAUGUUCCCUUGUUCCCAUUGUUCCCCUGUUCCUCUUGAUCCCCCUUAACCCUAACCCCCUGUUAUCCCUGUUCUGCCUUUUCACCUGUUGUCCCUGUUCCCCUUGUUCCCCUAUCCACCUGUUCCCCUUGUUCCCCUAUCCACCUGUUCCUCCUUUUCUCCUUGCUCCCCUGUUAACCUGUUUCUCCUGUUCUUCUUUUUCCUCAAUUCCCCAUGUUCUCCUUGUUCCUCUGUUCCCCUGACCCCUCCUUCCCCUAUUCUCCUGUUCCCCUUGUUAUCCGUGUUUCCCCUUUUGCCUUUGUUCCCCCUGACCACCUGUUCCUCCUGUUCUCCUUAUUCGUCUGUUCCCCCUGUUCCCCUUGUUCCCCCUGCUCCGCUUGUUCCCCUGUUCCUCCUGUUCCCUUGUUCCUCUGUUCCCCCUCUUCUGCCUGUUCCUUUGUUCCCCUUGUUUCCCCUGUUCCCCUUGUUCCCCUGUGCACCUGUUCCUCCUUUUCUCCUUGUUCCCCUAUUCCCCCUGUUCCUCUUGUUUAUGUGUUUCCCUGUUCCCCUUGUUCCUUUGUGCACCUGUUCCUCCUGUUCUCCUUGUUCCCCUAUUCCUCCUGUUCUCCCUGUUCUCCCUGUUACCCCUUGUUCCCAUUGUUCCCCUUUCCUCUUUGUUCCCCUUGUUCCCCCUGUUCCCCUUGUUCCCCUUGUUCUCCUGUUCCCCUGUUCUUCCUGUUCGCGUGUUUUCCUGUUCACCCUUUCUUGCCUGUUCCCCCUUUUCUCCCUGUUCCCAUGUUUUCCUGUUCACCCUUUCUUGCCUGUUCCCUCUUUUCUCCCUGUUCCCCUGUUCUCCCUGUUACCACUUUUCCUCUGUUCUCCUGUCCCCCUUCUCCCCCUGUUCCUCCUGUUCCCCUUGUUCCCCUGUUCUCCCUGUUCCCCAUUGUUCCCCCAACCCUAACCCCCUCUUGUCCCUGUUCCCGUGUUCUGCUCUUUUUCACCUGUUCUCCCUGUUCCCCUUGUCCCCCCAUUCCUCCUGUUCUCCUUGUUCCCCUAUUCUCCCUGUUCCCCAUUUCUCCUGUUUCUGUUGUUCCUCUGUUCACCUGUUCCCCCUGUUUCCAUGGUUCCCCUAUCCCCCCUGUUCUCCUUGUUACCCCUUUCUCUCUGUUCCCCUGCUCCCCCGGUUCCCUUGUUCCCCCUUUCCCCUGUUCUCCCUAAUGCCAUUGUUCCCCCUUAACCCUGAACACCUGUUGUCCCUGUUUUCUCUUUUCACCUGUUCCCUUAUUCCCCUGUGCACCUGUCCCUACUUUUCUCCUUGUUCCCCUAUUCCCCCUGUUCCCCAUUUCCCCUGUUUUCCUUGUUCCUCUGUUCCCCUGUUCCUCUUGUUCCCCUGUUCGCCUGUUUCUCCUGUUCUCCUUGUUCCCCUAUUCCCCAUGUUCCCCUUGUUCCUCUGCUCAACUGUUUGCCUUGUUCCCCCUGUUCCCCUGUAUCCCCUUUUCUCUUGUUCUCCCUGUUACCCUGUUCCCUUCGUUCACCCUGUUUCGCCUGUUGCCCCUGUUCCCCUGUUCCUCCUGUUCCCUUGUUCUCCCUGUCCCCCCUGUUCCUCUGUUACCCUUGUUCCCCCUGUUUCCCUGUUCGCCUGUUUCUCCUGUUCUCCUUGUUCCCCUAUUCCCUCUGUUCCCUAUUUCCCCUGUUUUCCUUGUUCCUCUGUUCCCCUGUUCCUCUUGUUCCCCUGUUCGCCUGUUUCUCCUGUUCUCCUUGUUCCCCUAUUCCCCCUGUUCCCUAUUUCCCCUGUUCUUCUUGUUUCUCUGUUCCCCUGUUCCCCCUGUUCUCCUGACCCUUUUUUCCGCUGUUCCUCCUAUUCCCAUUUCCUUUUUGCCCUGUUCCCUUUGUUCCCCUGUUCCCCCUGUUUAUCUUGUUCCUUUUUUCCCAUGUUCCCAUGAUCCCAUGAUCCCAUGAUCCCAUGAUCCCCUUGUUCCAUGAUAUUCCUGUUCUCCUGUUUCUCUUGUUUCCCUGUUCCCCUUUGACAUUAUUUACUCUAAAACGCCUUUGCUUAAGCUCCCUAAUAUGUCUUAACAAGAAGAAGGCGCUCAAAAGGGAAGGAAAAAGACGAACAUCCCCCUGAUAUCUCCUUUUCCCUUUCCCUUGCCAGUGCUUGUCUCGUACAUCAACUGAAAAAGAGCGUGGCUUGGGGUGACGUAUUUUUAAUUCAGAGGUCUUGGGAUCACGACACUCCCCUUACACUAUCCGGAUUUUUUUUCCUGACUGACCCAAGUUAAACUUGCUUAGAUAGUCAGCUAGUCUUUCAAAUAUUCCGACCUUCUUAUGUUUUUGUGUAGAAGUUAGAAUAAAGACGGUUUUGUAGAAAACAUUCGGAACGCACUUAAAGUUGAAUUUCCUAGAGAAAAUAUGAGGGUUUACUUUCUCCAGGCACCAGAAAAAAUGUGCGUAAUAACGAGGUAUCGGUAUUAAGUGGGUGACCGCAAAGCAGGGUUUGACUGUAAUUUCUGUUCAGAAAGCCAUCCUUUGAAUCCAGUUCCACAGUUAUUCAGUCAAUUAAAGAAGCACUCAAAGUGCUUUUGAAAGACUGGAACCCUUGUUUUAGGUGGUGUUUUCAUCUUCUUGAGAUUUCACUUGAAUGAAUAGUCAUGCCUCAGACUCAUAAGUUACAACACGUAACAAUUCACGGCAAGAAAUAUGGCAUUCACCGUCACGGAAAACCCUCGGUUAAUUUUCGAAAACGCGGCAUUUUGCUAAAAUUCCCUCGCGUUUUCCGGUCGUAAAAUCCACUCUUUUUCUGUCGUUUUCAUGCCGGUGAAUUCGAGAAUUCGUUCCACUAUCCGAUAGUUUUCAGGCUCACUUAACCCCACACACUUUAUUCACACCUUUCACACAUUACAUAGCCUGCGAGUAAGCUCUCCUAUUUGGGUGAAAGGAACGAGCCGCAUGAGCAAGCGGCGAAGCCGCCUGAUGUCGCGUCUCCUCCCUUGCGUGCCUCUCGCGCGUCUAUUUUUCACGAUAUCUCCCAAAUGAAGAGCUUGCUCGCAGGCUACACAUUACAUUUCUUGAUACACUUUACAAUUACAUGGUAUGCGAAAUUUUUAGAUGUUUUUGUCUGGUAUAUCUUUAGCAUUAAUCACGUGGAAAAGGCCAACGAAGCAAUUGCUGUGGAAACACUUCUUGUCACUGAUGAACUUUUUAGGUGAGAAAAACAUGUAGCGUUUUAGCGGCUUGCAUUCUUGAAACGGCAAGUGAAUGAGGAGCUUGCUGCAACUGGGGUAGUACUUGGUGUAAGACUGCCCAAAAUUUACCCCCCAACUGUUUGACUCACAGCAUGUGGUACCGUAAAUGACCUAAUAAACACCCGGGGCGUAAAGUCUACUCCACGCUCCCACUCUGCGCUCGUUCCCAUCAUCCCCCUCUUGCUCUUCUCCCUUGUCUCCAGCUCUCGCGCUUGUUGCUUGUUCCAUGCUCCCCACUAAGAUCUGGGAAAGCCUUUGAAGGAGGCAGGCACCAAACGAUUCGAUUAAUGUCCCACAGGCUCAAAAGUUAGAAAUAAAAGUUGCUUUAGAAUUACUGGAAAAUUACUUUAAUCCCCUCUCGCAAAUACCUGAAGAAAGGAAAUCACUGAAUAAUGAUGUGGUAAAAGUACGUGAUUACUCUAUUUAGUAUCGCUGACUGAAAACUUAGUUCUCUGUUUUCCUUAGGUCAACAGACUUACCCACGCGCAAACGAUACGUCAAACUUGUUGAAAGCGUUAAAGAAAAUGGCGGGGAUGUCAGGUAAAAAAAAUGCCAUUAUUUCUUUCAGUUUUAGGAUGGUUUUCAAUUGGCCCUUUUGCUUGAAACGUGCUCGGUUUUGUGUUGAAUUUGUCUACGGAAGUGUUUUGUAUUACCCUAGUUUACUGCGCAAGCCCGUAACAACCAAUCAAAGAUGCAAUAGCGUCACCCGAAACAGUCCCAUGAUACAAUCUGACACAAGACAGACCCAGUUCCCCGCACCCUAGUAAUAACUUGUCAAACAAGUGAUAGCGUCACCUAAAACAGUCCCAUUAUCCCAUGAUACAAUCCCACACAAUACCGACUCAAUCUCACAUGCAACCUCUACACUGAACCUUUCCCUGUUUCUUGCUCUCGCAUCUUUCGAGUGCCGCUUGCGCGUGACCUCUUGCCAUAUUCCUUAAAUGGAGAGCUAAUUGCUGGCGAGCAAAGUGAUCAGAUGUAAACAACACUUCAGCGACUGUAGCGAUUGUACCGAUCAUGUUACACUUGACCAGAAGGCGACUUUUUACUGAUUAUGAAAGAUGGAGGUGACUCAAUAUAAUCGACGUGAACUAGUUUAAAACUAAGCAGCUGGUACUGCGUAAAGGCUAUUUAGAGCCUCUUAAUCCUUAGUGUUUGCUGGGUAAAUUAGACUCGCGUUUGUUGUUGUUGUUCUUCUUCUUCUUAUCAUGUUGUUGGCUGUUUUGUUUCAAUCUUUCAGGGUGUUUUCAAGUCUGCAUGUUUCAGGAGAACGUAAGUGCAUCCUCUGCAUUAAAGAUAAAACAGGCCUUUUUAUAUAUUUUCAUUGCAAAGCAAUUAGGAUUUUGUUUUUAAAUAACAGGGAAUUGAAAAUAAAAUUCUCGCAUGCAGCAGUAAGUGGCCGCCUGCCCCUCCCCUAACCCAACAUUUUGCUCUAAAUAAGGAGCUAACGUUGCGUUUAACCUCCUUGACAUGGAUUUUUCCAAUUUUUUUUUAAGUGAAAAAGCCCUGGGAACGAGGUUGGAUUAGGGGAGGGGUAGGUGGGUUGUUUCUCAGAGUCUUGGAUCACCUAAAGUAGGUUUCCUCAUCAGAAUAAUGGCACGAACUAUUUGAUUUUCCAGUAGUAAUAUCCUGUUUCCCUAUGGAAAUACUAAGUAUCCCAGUUCUUUAACUGACUUUAACGGCUUUCUCUUAGCUUUAGUGUGACUUGAACAAAAAAUAUUUCUUUAAAUGAAACGUGAUUUUCCUUUUUCUCUGUUUUGUUUGUUUGUUUUUAGAGCUUGGGCAGUUGUCGGGUGUUGCAGCCAUAUUACGGUUUCCAAUGCCAGACAUCGCUAAUGAUGAGGACUCGGCUGAGGAGUCUGAAGAAGACUAA